AGCUAUUUCCCCUCCCGGGGAGGUUUAAAAGCUCCGGAGGGAUGAGCGGGGUUAGAGCGAUCGCUGCGUUUCCAGCAGCCAUCCUAUUACGGCACUGAAUCACGGCAGGAAUGGCACGUCCAGCCUAAUAAACCCUCCCGAGAGCGUGCCUUACAAACACGGCGAAACAGCCUUAAGUGAGCUCGAGAUAACUAAUUUCAAGCAUGGCUGUCUAGUGUGCCUGUCAUUCCUAUUGUCCUCCCAAACUCUUUCAGACAUUUUGAGCAGGGAGCACUCGGCUAUGAGUUAGCAGGGGUUGUGACACUGAUGGUCCAAAAAGGCUGAAGCGCCGGGAGGGGACGAUGACAGCGCUUAACAACUGGUGGCACUUUGGAGGAUACCACUGGAUCCCGGUUUAUUAACAAUUAGGCUUCGCCUCGGAGGAAGAUGUGACAGCUAUCGGAGGUCCUUCCAUCGUCCCACUGCAGCAAGCAAAAACAACACUGGGCAACCCUCUAAAAUGUUUAUUUGGACCAGUGGCCGGAGCUCUACAUCUUACAGACAUGAUGAGAAAAGAAAUAUUUACCAAAAAAUCAGGGAUCACGAUCUACUGGACAAAAGGAAAACAGUCACAGCCCUAAAAGCUGGAGAAGACCGGGCCAUACUCCUCGGGCUGGCCAUGAUGGUGUGCUCUAUCAUGAUGUACUUUCUCCUGGGAAUCACCCUGCUGCGGUCUUACAUGCAAAGCGUCUGGACGGAAGAGGCUCAGUGCUCGCUUCUCAACGCAUCCAUCACAGAAAGCUUCAACUGCUCAUUUAGCUGCGGUCCAGACUGCUGGAAAAUCUCUCAGUACCCCUGCCUCCAGGUGUACGUCAAUCUCACUUCUUCCGGCCAGAAGCUUCUGCUCUACCACAACGAAGAAACAAUGAAAAUUAAUUCUGAGUGUUCGUAUAUACCCAAGUGUGGCAAGAAUUAUGAAGAAUCCCUGUCGCUGGUGAACGUUGUGAUGGAAAACUUCCGAAAGUACCAACGCUUCUCCUGCUUCUAUGACCCCGAAGGCUCUCAGAAGAAUGUAAUAUUGACCAAACUAUACAGCUCUAAUGUACUGUUUCACUCCCUCUUCUGGCCCACCUGCAUGAUGAUCGGUGGCGUUGCCAUCGUCGCGAUGGUAAAGCUGACUCAAUACCUUUCCCUCCUCUGCGAGAGAAUCCAAAGGAUCAACAGAUAAGAAUGAAAACUUCAGAGAUUCAAUUACCGCUAAAAUACUGUUUUCUCAUUCUUCACCAAAGAACCUUAAGUUUGUAAUGUGCAAGUCUGUUCUAAGUUCCUUACUAUAUUCUUAUAAGUAGAGCAAUAAUGCAAAAGCUGUUCUAUAUGCAAACAUGAUGUUAUUAUUAUGCAGACAACUGAAAAAAAUACUGUUUUGUGUUGACCGUCUAUAUGAUCUUGUUUUAUGCUGAGUCUAGUACUUCUUUCCUUUCUACAGCCAAAAUUGGGCUCAGUGUGACCAUUUGCCAAGCUCAGUCAAUUGACUUUUUCACUGUAAGGGAUUCUGGGGAAAUUCACUCUGGACAAAGGGCAGCGAAUGACUUGUGCAUCACUGAGGUCUCACCUCUGGCUCAGUCCUAUUCAAUGGAUUUGUGGUUUUGCUUGUUUAUUAUUGGCUGCAGGGGAAAAAAAAAAUAAUAUAGAAACACCAGAGGUUUUUCUAUUGUUAGGUGGCACAAAAUGGACAUAUCUUAGGGACAGGGACAAGCAUGCAGUAUUAACAGCCUCCCUCAGUUCAGAAGUAAAUUUUACCGUAUGGUGUUUAAGGUCUUUUGCAAAACACUUUGUGGUUUUAUUUUAUUUAGUGUUAUAAUUUUCCUCUGUCUUACCAACAGCAUCUUUGUUAUCUGCAGAAGCUGUAGCCAAAAAAAAACAACAACAAAAAAACACACACAAAAAAAAAACCCACACAACAAAAUCACCUUGUUCCAUUUUCUACUCCAGUCUGAGCCCUAUUGAUGGAGAUGGGACCAGAACACCUUAUGUAAAGAUUUAUUACUCAUUUGUCUUGUAUUUGCUACCAUAUCACUGUAAAGAAAAAAAAAAAAUAACACAAUCAGCUAUUUUUUCAUUUUUUACUUCCAACUAUUUUAGAUUUUUUUACUUGAUAUAUAUACAGAUAUAUAUAUAUAAAGAAAAGCUAUAUUAUAUCUAGUUGUGUAUUGGAACUUGAUUAUGGGGUGGUUUUUUCUGUUUUUACCAAUGAAAAAGUGAACAAUAUAACCUGUAUUCAUAACCUUCAGCCUUGGAUAAGAUCAUAACAUGGAGGAGUGGCACUGCAGGAUCUUAUCCAAUAUUCAUGAUGUUGUUGCAGUCAAAGGUCCCUAUUGCUGUGACAUCUGAAAUGACAAAAAUCUCAUCCAAUUCUAUGGCUCCAUUAAUUGAAUUGUUAGAUAAUAAUCACAGUGCUUCUGGAAAUCUCUCCUGACCUUAACGCAGAAUGCAGUGCUGGCUGAAGUGAAUUUUGAUUUCAAAUGCCCAGGUGAAAUGAUUUAUUGGAAAAACUCAAAUUCUGACUAAUAUGUUGUUCUGCCUGUCAGAUAUUUACUAUAGGGAUCCUGCCAGUCUAAUUUCAUGCACACUGUAGUCGCAAUUUCCGCAUAAUAUAUUUUUAUUCCCCUGUAGAAAACAUUCCUUCUUAUGUUGUGUUUAAAGACACCUCUCAUAGUUUCUCACUUUGUACUUAGCCUGAAGGACAAAUGCAAGGCAACUCCUGUGAGCAGGCUGUGAACUCACUACCCAAUGGUUCAAAGAAAUCAUUUACAGGCCUAUUCAAACCAAGAAACUAUCACUUUUUUUCCCUCAAAAAGACUGCAAAGAAAGUAUUUUGCCUCGUUCAUCUAUAUAUAAGUACCUUUCCAUAGCAUAGCAUUAACAAGAUGUUACAAAACUUUACAAGUCAUGCAAGUGUAACAUGAGCUGUAAAAAAAAAAAAAAAAAAAAAAAAGAGUUCUCAGCAGUGAAAAUGAAAUUGCAAUCUUGUAAUCAGUAGUAUAAUUUUCCUUAGGUAAAAUAAUUCCUGGAGGGUGUGGGUAUAAUCAGGGCUCCAAAAAUAUGUAAUAAAAAAAUUAAAUUAAAUCUUCCAGAUUUCAAUA